CACCGGCAUUUGUAGGGUUGUGUGGAUAUGCAGCAUCUAUACCGUGUACGAAGCUGCCGACUGUGCCAAGUCGCCGAUUGGCACGGUAGGGGACUUCUCUCUGGGAAUCCUGGUCGAAGCCAUGAUGCGCCUGAUCGGGGGACUCACUAUCUCUCCCAAAGGUGCCGGCAGGGUGGCAUGGACCGUCGGCCUCGCGGCAGUCGACGACGGAAUAAUUUUGUUGGUGUUCACGAUCUCGGCUUAUCUGAGAUUGCUUCUCUUCUAUCUCGUGCAUAAAGAUGAGAUCCGCAGUUCGCUCAAGAGUACUGGCAGACUUCUCGAAGUUAGCUGUAGCUCUCAGAAAUACUUUGACUUUCUCGUUCGCCGUGACAGAAAAUGGAAGGGCGAGGUGCUCUCCCUGCUUCAGGGUGACGUCGAAUUGCAUUCGACUGAGCUUCAGGUCUUCAAUCGAAAACCAGCCAUCCUUGUCAGGUUUUACAUUCAGCACAGGGCUUCCUUCCACCGGAUGGCCGACUUUCGGACCUGA